AAAAGUCUCACCAAAUGGGAGCUCCUCAGAGCCUUUGCUUCUUCCAGUAUUGCUCCUGCCAAGAAAGAAGAUUUUCCAAAACCACGGCAAGAUGUGUGACCAGCAAAAGCAGCCACAGUUCCUUCCAUCUUCUUGUGUGAAGGGUUCGGGAUUGGGAGCGGGGCAAGGUAGCAGCGGUGCCUCUGGAGAAGGCCAGGCUUCAGGCCUGGUCCCAACUGUUGUUGCUUCAGGCCUGGUCCCAACUGUUGUUGCUCCAGGGUUUGCUCCAGGGAUUGCUCCAGGGAUUGCUUCAGGACUUGCUCCCAGCCAGCCUCAAACUAUUGUGAGAUAUGUAACUCCGGUUCCUGCUCAAACUUUCGUGAAGUACCAAGUUCCAUGCCAGAUGAAAACCUACGUGAAAUGCCCAGCUCCCUGCCAAACAUACGUGAAAUGCCCUGCUCCAUGCCAGACGACCAGUGUCAAGUGCCCAGCUCCAUGCCAGAAGACCAGUGUUAAAUGCCCAGCUCCCUGCCAGGCUCAGACAUAUUACGUCCAAUAUCAGGUUCCUUACCAGACCUACUACACUCAGGCUUCUUCAAGUGGUUCAGCAUCUCAGGGCGGUGUCGGUGUCCCUGACCCAUGCUCCGCCCCAUGCUCUACCAGCUACUGCUGCUUGGCUCCCCGAACCUUUGGGGUGAGUCCUCUGAGACGCUGGGUCCAGCGGCCCCAAGGAUGGAACACAGGAUCUGGCUGCUGUGAGACUUCUGGAGGCUGCAGCUCUGGAGGUUGCGGCUCUGGAGGCUGCGGCUCUGGAGGUUGUGGCUCUGGAGGCUGUGGCGGAGGCUGUGGAGGAGGCUGCGGCUGCGGCUGUGGCUCAGGGUGCUGCUGUUUGGGAAUUAUUCCCAUGCGGUCCCGAGGUCCCGCAUGCUGUGACAGUGGGGAUGAUUGCUGCUGUUAAACACAGAAGGACUGCGCUGCUUCCAAAUUUUACCUUUUGCUGUGUCUUCUGACCCUACCCAUCCCCAGCUUCUACCAGCUUCCCUGGUUCUCUGUAACUUGCUUCCUUUAUCAAGGCAUCCUGCCAGAGUGAGCACAGUCCCCAAACUAUGGCAAGAAUAAAGCUCUGAAUG